CGUUUCCCGCCAUAUCACCUGUCAACGGUGUGGCCACUCAGAAAAAUUUUUCUUUUAAGAAAAAAAAAUGAGUGCGAUCCUCCUUGUAGCCGUAAUCGCUUUAUGCGUGUAUAAACUUUUUUCUAGAAAAACUGUAGCGUGGAAAAAAGUUAAAGGCGAAGAUGUUGGGAUAAAAACCGCACCGGGACCGACACCUUUGCCAAUAAUUGGGAACCUAUACAAUUUGGGCACCCACGAAUCGCCGUUCCAGGCGUUUACGGAAUUGUCUAAAAAGUACGGGGAUAUAUUCAGUUUGACCCUCGGGAACACGCCAUGCGUAGUCGUGAACAACUUAGAGCUGAUUCGGGAAGUUUUGAACCAAAACGGGAAAUUCUUCGGCGGGCGACCAGACUUCAUCAGGUUCCACAAGCUGUUUGCUGGCGACAGGAACAAUUCUCUGGCCCUCUGCGAUUGGUCCAAUCUUCAAACCAGAAGAAGAAACUUGGCCCGUCGCCAUUGCGGUCCAAAACAGCACACCGAGAACUUCGCCAGGAUCGGAUCCGUCGCUACAUUCGAAGCCAUCGAGAUGGUCCAAACAUUGAAGACCAUGGCCAACUCCACCGAAUCCAGCAUCAAUUUGAAACCGAUUUUAAUGUCGACAGCAAUGAACAUGUUUACCCACUACAUGUGCAACAUUCGCUUCGAAGAAACCGAUCCGGAAUUCAGAAAAAUCGUCGACCAUUUCGAUGAGAUUUUCUGGGAAAUCAACCAGGGUUACGCCGUGGACUUCCUACCUUGGUUGGAGCCGUUGUAUAAGAAGCACAUGGAUAAACUAUCUGGCUGGAGUCAGGAUAUCAGAUCGUUUAUAUUGUCAAGGAUAGUCGAACAGAGAGAGUUGAAUUUGGAGACCGAAGGCCCUGAGAAGGACUUCCUUGACGGUUUGUUGAGAGUUCUGAAAGAUGACGCUACGGUUGAUAGGAACACCAUCAUCUUUAUGCUUGAAGACUUCUUAGGAGGUCAUUCUUCAGUCGGCAACUUGGUUAUGCUCUGCUUGGCAGCUGUUGCAAGAGAUCCUGAUGUAGCUAAGAAGGUAAAGGCAGAAAUUGAUGGGGUUACCAAAGGAAAGAGAGCAGUGACUCUGUCAGAUAGAAGCAGCUUGCCGUACACAGAAGCUACUGUCCUGGAAUGCCUCAGAUACGCAUCAUCUCCAAUCGUCCCUCACGUUGCAACAGAAAACGCGGUUGUGGCUGGUUAUGGUGUCGAGAAAGGCACGAUAGUCUUCAUCAACAACUAUGAACUGAACACCUCAGAGACGUACUGGAAAGAACCACAGAAAUUCGACCCAUCAAGGUUUCUGGAGAAAUCCAAAAUCCGAGUGCGAAGGAACUCGCUUUGCGACUCGGGUAUGGAGUCUGAUGGAGAGAGAUCAGGACCUAUCAAUAAGGCUACAGAGGUCGAAAAAGAGGUAGUGUCAGUUAGAAAGAACAUCCCACAUUUUCUUCCAUUCAGUAUCGGCAAACGUACCUGCAUUGGACAAACUCUAGUAACCACUAUGAGCUUCGUUAUGUUUGCUAGCAUCAUGCAAGAGUUCGACGUCGCAGCGGAAAAUCUAGAAGACCUAAGACAAAAACCAGCCUGUGUUGCUUUACCUAAAGAUACUUUCAGCCUUUAUCUAGUGCCUAGGAAACACUGAGUCAGUUAUUUAGUAUUUUGUGUAAAUAUUCGAUAGGCGGCGAGAAAAUUUAGAAAGUUUAAAUUUUUAGACUUUGAGACACAAGUUAGCCGCUAAGAUGCGCUCAAAUUAUUAAUUUAUUUCUCAAAAUAAUGUAGGUUUAGCUGCACGGGUUGGGUAAUUAAAAAAAAAUAACAACUUCUUUUUUUUAUAAAAAAAAAAUCACUAAUUGUCAUCUAGCACCGGAAAAGAUGUUUCUCAAAAAAAUGUGUAGAUUUUUUGGAUUAUAUUAUUUAAAACGACUGCUUUGUACUUUGGAUAAUCGAUUUUAAUUUAAGAUUUAGAAUGCGUAGUUUAUUUAGAUUAGGUUGUAGCCCAGUUAUAGUCAUUAUUAUUAGCAAUGAAUUAAAAACCAUAUUGUUGUUAGUGUAUGAAUAUUGCAUUUAACUAGUGAGACUAUUUUUUGUAUUUAUCGUUCAUAUUAUUUUCACCAACUCGCAUUUUAAUAGUUUUAGUAACUUACUUUUCUGUUUUUAAAUGUAGUUAGGAAUUUGGGAAAAAAUUGGGUUUAAUUUUUUUGUAUUUCAUUUAAAACUGUAGAAUGACUGUGGAAUAUAAAUAAUAGUUUAGUCUUUAAAAUGAAUGACUUGGACAAAAAUUAUAUUUAAAUUAUAUAGAUUACCAAUUCUUUUUUAAAAAUUUUGGAAAUUUUAGUUAU